UCAUUCCACGAGGAACUAACUUGAAGAAGGAGCUCCGGAGCACCGCGUUCUUCUUGCGUAUGCUUUGCGCGGCAAGUACCCCUUGGCCCCCUGUAAUAAUUCGAAGUAGGUGAGGUGCACCACCAGGCCAGUCACGGACUGAUAUUCCACGCGGUAUCCUAUACCAGCAUUUCCAUCAUGAAAGGCUACCAAUACUACUAGUCAAACGUGUUCCAGUGGGACGCGUCGUGUCGGCUAUGGCCCGAUCUGAAGGCGAUUUACUGCGAGAUCUCGGACUCAGUGCUUCCGACAUUGUUUAUCUGGGUGAGAUCGCAGUGAACGAUGACGAUGAAAUCGGCCGCGGUGCCGAUGCUGUCGUGUAUCGUAUUGAGUGGCAAGGCAUACCCGUAGCUGUGAAAGUUGUCCACCACCUACUUGUGCAACCGGGUAUCCAAGGAAGACGUGAGAAGCUGCGCAGGUUCGGCGCGGAAAUCGCCAAUCUCUCGCGGCUGCACCAUCCGAAUUUGUGCCAGCUUCUUGGAGUUGGAGUGACCAGCGACCGCGGUUUACCCGCCCUGGUCGUCGAGCUACUGGAUGCUACCCUGUUGCAGUGCUGUGUGGGUGAGAGCAGACAGGAUGACGUAACGUGUUUGUCCUACCUAGCGGACGCGAUAGCUGGUGUGCGGUACCUGCACAGUCGGAGCGUUAUCCAUCGAGAUUUGACCCUGAAGAACAUAUUGGUGAAGAGCCGCACGGCGAAAGUUUGUGAUUUCGGAGUUGCUCGAGUGCUGCAGCCGGCCGGCAGUAGUUUCUUCCAGCAAUUGCAGGAGGCCGCCAACCUGACGACAUGUCCCGGUACAUUAUUGUACAUGGCACCCGAGGCGCUGGCGGAGAAUGCAUCUUACGACACCUCUCUCGACGUAUUUUCGUUCGGAGUACUGGCACUCGGCGUGCUCACUGGAUUUGAACCUUCGAAACAGUUGUUGUUCCUUCCGAGGAUCAGGGCCAUGGAGAAAACGGACGGAGCAAGGCAGGAGGAAGUGAUCACAGAGGUCGAGCGUCGUCGCAUGGAUUUGGACCGGCUGCAGGACAGCCAUCCGCUGAAAGCCACGAUCGUCCGCUGCCUGUCGAACGUGCCGGAGGAGAGGCCAACAGCAGAGCAGCUGCACCGAACGAUCAAGGAUGUGGCAAGACUGGCAAGCGGUUUGAACCAGGGUAGGAGUACUGGCUUGUUGCAGAGGGUAAACCACAUGGAGAGCAUGCUGCUGAGCCUAGAGAGCCACGCCGCUGGGCAGAUGGCAGGGCAGAACGAGCUGCUGGCCCGUCUGGCGACCACUGAGCAGCAGCUGAAUGCGAUCACGACACAACUGAGAGCCGUCAGCAAUCGCACAGUGCUGGCAGAGGACCAGCUGGCGGCGCUGGUGAAAACUACUACGGAGACAGACAAGAAGGUGUCGGCUAUUGCAGCACACCUCGCGACCAUGAACCACUAUGCUUGCUCCAGUUCUCCAAGCAUCGCAGCUGACGGCAGCUCGAGCCCAAGUCUUGCGACAAUGGACGAAAGCCGACUUGAGUCGAGCACAGCCAGCAUGGAGCACAGCGCAUCGUCACAGGAGCAGCAAGACGGCAACCCGUCAGCGCAGCAGAAGAAGUGGUUCAGACGCAUUCUACUACGCCCCAAGAGUAGCGAUGUUACAGUCGCCAGCCAGCAGGAAGCAUCCAGUUCAGGCGCCGCUACUGGUGACAGUGACUUGGACCGGACUGGAUCUCUGUCAAGGUUCUUCACAAGCACUGUUAGUCCUGACCCUUGCGCUGGCGGCGGCGCUGGCCGAGGAACACAGCUGCUCAGUGCGUACUCUGCUGAUCAGUUGCCACGGCGAAUACAGAAGAUCCGAAAGAAGCGCAAGUGGAACAAGCUGUCCGUGGCAGUGGGAGCAGAAAAGCCGUUCGUACUGGUGCACGACGGAGCCCUGGUGGUCGUGUGGACCACGAACGGUCGCCUGGCACGCAUACAGCAGACUGCCGAUCUGCGCACGUGGCACGACAUCGGCAUGCCAACCGAUCACCGCAGCAUGGAGUUCUCUUCAGUGGCCUCGCACGACGCAUGCCUCUACCUGCAGUGCUUUGACGGCGGACACUGGUCGUUCAUUCUCAAGUACAACGAAGAACACGCGUACGCGAGCAGCGGGCAGUGGCAGAAAGUUGUCGAUGUUCCGUUUGAAGGCCACCGUCGAUGCACGUUGCAAGUCACCGACUCGGCAAUCAGCCUCUUCGGCGGCUUUGGAGAUCACUUUGAAACCACCGACAGCGUCACAGUCUACUCACGGGAGCAAGAGCAAUGGAGGUCGUCUCUGAGAGUGCAAUCCCAGCCGGCGGUGUGCGCUCUGCCUUGCUCCUGUGCCUGUGCGUCCAUGGUUACCUGCGGAAAUGGUGCACGGCGGUACCUGGUCGGUGGCGAGAGCGCUUGCUUCCUUCGCCAUGACAGCGACGACGGAGACGGCGAGGAGGGCCAGUGGACGGCGGUGACCGGGCUAGACGGCGUGAAUCUGGAGAGCAGCGCCGCGUGUGCACUGGCCAACGACUGCAUGGUUGUGGUACGCUGCCGUAGUCCUGCAGCACGAUGUGUUGUGUAUCAGGCAGCGUCGACGGGCGGUGGUGGUAGUGGUGAUCAACAGCAUGACCUGCCAGUGCUGGAGUCCGAUGUCACACACUACCCGUCAGUGGCACUGUUCAACGACCGCCUAGUGAUCGGUGUGCUCAUAGACGGUAUCCACACACUGGAUAUGAGUCCUGUUUAGUCAAACAGACUGAAGCCACUUGUAGGGCUCAAAGACGGUAUCCACACACUGUAUAUGAGUCCUGUCUAGCCAAACAGACUUUAGAAGCAGUGUGUGGGGCUUACUCAGCCUUGUGGCCAGCCUACAAGAGGCUGUGUUGUUCCUACUUCAGUAUCUCUUAAACUGUCAAAUCCUAUAAUUAUAGGAUUUUUUGAAUUUUUUCAAAUAAUCACGACCAUGCUUCCGC